AUGGAUUGUCUUGGUGAAUCGAUGUCUUUAGAUCCUUCCAAACAUCGUCAAGAACUCUUGGAGCGUUUGGAUAUCCUGAGAAACAACGAUAUCUUUUGUGACGUGACGAUCGCAGUAAAGGACAAAGAGUUCAAGGCUCACAGAGCUGUUUUAGCGGCAACCAGCCCGUUCUUUCUGACACUUCUGACAAGCGAAAUGAAAGAAGGCAACGAAAAACUGAUCAAAGUAGAGCUAGAAGAAGCUACUGAGUCUGUCAUGGAAGACGCGCUAGAGUACCUUUACACUGGAAAUGUCACAGUCGUUGAGGGCAGAGCUCACAAUUUGAUUGCAACGGCAAACUUUCUCCUUUUGCCAAGUCUAAAAACAAUGGCGGCCAAUGUUUUGAAGGACACAUUGACAACAGAGAACUGUGUUUUCAAUUAUUAUUUUGCGGAAAAGUAUGAUUGUGUGGAGCUGAAGGAUAAAUGCCGUGAAGUAAUCAACACAAAUUUCAGUGUUGUCAUGGAAACAGAGGACUUUCUCAAGCUUGAUCAGAAGCAAGUUAUGGAGUGGGUGUCUAGUGAUGACGUCAUUGUGAACGAAGAGGAAGACAUUUUCAAAGGAAUUGUCAGGUGGGUGUCUCACAACAAAAGUGAGAGAGAAGGGGAUUUCCCAGAAUUAUUGCACCAGGUUCGCCUACCAUUUUUAUCACGUGACUUUUUACUUGAUGAAUUAGUAAAAGAUGAGCUGAUCACGAAAAACCCUGUAUUUUGCUCAAAUUUUGUGAUAAAUGCUAUGAAAGUAGUAUUGAGUGCCAGUGAUAGUCCCCAGCAACCGAGGAAAUGUCAGGAGACUCACAUUGAUGGAAUAUUUAUCUGUGGAGGGAAAAGAGCAUUGUGUUACUUUCCACAGAAAGACAUGUGGUGCUGUUUAGCUGACAGUCCUUUUCAGGAUUACGAAGGCCAUAGCCUUGUUGAAUAUAAAAGUAAUGUUUAUGUUGCUGAUGGAGAAACACGUCGGCUUGGGGAAUCACAUGUUUUCGAAUUUUACUCACCUCUGAAGAACUCCUGGGGUACUGCUCAGAGAAAUGAUGAUAUUACUGAUUUCACCUGCUUGACAGUCUUAAAAGGUGACAUGUAUGCAAUGUGUUUUGCAAACUUUCCCAAAAAGGGUAGGAUCUGUAGAUAUGACAGUGAAAAAAACUGUUGGCAAGAGAUGGAUGCCCCACCCUGCCUGCAGGACAGAGCUUGUGUUGUGGCUGACGAGCAGUUCCUGUACAUAAUAGGUGGUACAUUGGAUUGGGGAGUAAGUGCUGUGCGUACAACGAAUAGAUUUGAUCCCAUCAACAACAAAUUGGAGGAGCUUGCAGAUAUAAAUCGGGCCAGGUAUAAUGCCAGUGGUGCUGCCAUAAACGGCAAGGUUUUUAUUGCUGGUGGACAGAGCUCAAGAAAGACUAUGGUCCGAUCUACUGAAGCUUUUGAUCCCUCAUCCAACGAGUGGCAGUGUAUGACCGAUCUCACUUUACCUCACUUCAAUGCCAGCAUGGUGUGCUUUGGGGGGAUGCUGUUUGUUUUGGGUGGCACUACGUACACUAAGAGUGAUGGAAUAACACGAACACUAACAGUUGAAAUGNGUGCUGUGCGUACAACGAAUAGAUUUGAUCCCAUCAACAACAAAUUGGAGGAGCUUGCAGAUAUAAAUCGGGCCAGGUAUAAUGCCAGUGGUGCUGCCAUAAACGGCAAGGUUUUUAUUGCUGGUGGACAGAGCUCAAGAAAGACUAUGGUCCGAUCUACUGAAGCUUUUGAUCCCUCAUCCAACGAGUGGCAGUGUAUGACCGAUCUCACUUUACCUCACUUCAAUGCCAGCAUGGUGUGCUUUGGGGGGAUGCUGUUUGUUUUGGGUGGCACUACGUACACUAAGAGUGAUGGAAUAACACGAACACUAACAGUUGAAAUGUUUGAUCCAGGGAUCAACGAGUGGAAAGUGAAAUCAUCCAUACCUGUUGAAAGCCUUGAAAUGCCACAGAAAAAGAACAAGUAUCAGGCUUGUUUUGCAAAGUUUAACAAGAAAAUGGUUGAAAAGCUGCAACCGCUGUCAAACUAAUAUGUAGUUCUAGUUCAAGGCUAUUAAUUAUGGGAUCUCUAAGGUGAUAACAUAAGUUCUGCUUUUGUUAUAUUAGAUAUUGCUGUGCUCUUUUAUGUUUUAGAAGAAAACAAAGGAAUGAUUUUCAAUUAUUUAAACCAGGUUUUGACUUUUAAUUAGUACAUAUAUGACUAGAGUUGAUCAAGUGACAGUGUUUACACUCGAUUUUGCUUUUAUAUUUGUCAAGUUAUCAGAGGUUAAACCUUCAGUGAAUGAUUGUGAUUUUGAUUUUCAGCUCUGUUAUAUGGAAAACCAAGUACCUAAAAAAAUGUAAGUCAGCGAGCUAUGCCAGGCAGACCUACGAGGCAUCUAAAAACACACAAGGCACAAACGAUUCGUUAGUAAAAAAGACCAACAGGCCUUGAACGACUCCUGCCAUUCGUAAAGGAAUUUUCUUUCACCCGUCACAGAUUCAUUUCCACUAAAGGGUCCUAAAGCUACUUUAAAGGCCGAUUUAGACAGUAAAAUUUUUGCUUACGACUAUCGUGCGCGACUAUUAUGCGUCAUGACUGUAAAUUAGACCCACGACAGUCGUAGGAGACCAAAAAUCGUACUGUCUGAAUCGGCCGCGGUAUGAAAGGAGGGUUCUUAAAAUUUUCUCUUAGAUGUUAGUUUCAGUAUGAAAGAUUCUUUUGAACGCUGGUUGUGCUUCAUGCGUUGAUUAAUGCUUAUCUCGAUUUGCUAGUGUAAGUUCUUGUCGAGGAUCGAGGGUGAAGUUUCGAGGGUCAAGGGAAAAUGUCGAGGGUUGCGGGUAAUAUAUAUUUUAUUUUCAAAUAUUUUAAUAUGUUCUAAUAUUAUCAUUCACUUUUUAUACUUAUUAUUGUUUAUUUUUUGAUAAACCUAUUUCUUUUUUUUCGAUCUGGUCGCAAGAUUUCCCAUCUUUCUCGAAUUGAUAGAAAUACCUAGAUGCUACUAUGACGAUUCCACUCUGCCGCACCUUUUAUUUCACCCUCUUAUAAGUAACUUUUGUAAGAAGUCUAAGUCUUUUACCUACAUACCGUUAUAGUAAAAAAAAUGCGUUGGUAGGCCUCACGACUUCUACCUCAUAGAGUAUAAUGCUAGUUGUUCCAAACUGUUUUCUCAUGUCUAACGGGUAGAUUGUAUCACCUAUAAUUGUAACAUGUUGUAAUAAUGAACCAUAAAUGUAACACUAACCAUACCCACCGUCAUGAAAACCAACCAUAAAUGUAAUGAACUAAAAACAAUGAAUGAAACAAAAUUUUAACCGUAAAUGUGAUGAACAAAAAUCGUACGCUACCGACAUUUCCGGAUUAUAAUCCGGCUCCUGGUAACAGCUUAGAGAGUUCCAACAGAGGUUAAACAAUGCAAACGCAAUGGAAACGAUAGCGAUCGAGGAAGCGUGAAGAACACAUGCAAAGUUGGCUGACAGCAGGACAAAACUGAUUAUUAUUUGGGCGUGGCCCAAAUAGAGUAAUGGAAACGGCUUGUUUUGACGCAAAUGUGCAAUAGGUACGCAAUACGUGCUAACGUAAACAAGGCAAGUAAACAAGCGAAGCGAGGCGAAUGUCUGCCAUGCGAACGUCUUUUACAAGGUAAGAGGCAUGUGGGAAAGAAAGCUCUGCUUGCUCACGGCACUUAAUCGCACUUUUACGAUCUCUAAAGUUAAUGUGAAUCUUCGGUAUUAUGGCCUCAUCGAAAUUCGGAAGUCUGAAGUCCAGGGAUGAAAUCUAUCAAAAACAUUUGGAAUAUUAACGUCGGGUUUUGGUCACAAUAAGAUCGCAAGCAACGAACCUUGAAACACAGAAACACAAAAAACGGAUCGAAAUCCACCAAUCACAAAUCAUAAACAAUGACCUUUUGAACCCGUUGAAGAAAACUUUCCUUUCCUAAGAGGUCCGCUGAGAUGAUUGACGUCUGACAUUUUUUUGACGAGAGGAUCGAAAUGCACCAAUCAUACAAAGGCAGUUUUAAUUGCAUGUUUCCUACGAGGUCAUCUGAAUUGGCUGUUUUCUUUAUUUUAUGUCCAUUUUUUGUGAUUGGUCGAUUUUGUUAGGUCGAGUUGAUGAUCGAAUGAGGGACGAUUUGGAUAUCGUUUGAUCGGAAAUUUUUCGAAGCAGCAGUGAGAAGCAGUUUUGAUAACAUUUGGCCGCGGCGUUUCGGGGAAUGUAUUGAUAUAUUGUUCAAUCAUGUUAUCCCGGGUUAAACUUACAAAUGCACACACUGUUCGCGGUAGGCCCACACUAAAAAAAUAACACUGAGUGUUUUCGGAAUGGGCUGGUCCGCGAACUCAAAGAAAAACAAAGGAAAUUAUCAAGACAUUCAAUGACAUCGAAGACUCAUGGACCCCAUAGACGUAAUAACAAAUCGGAAUAUCAGGAGUGUACGUGUAAAAUGGAUAAGAGUUUGAAUAGAGGAAUGUUGAACGAGUUUGAGAGUCGCAAGAUUUGUGUAGCCGGUUAUCAGUGUGACAAUAGUGAUUUUGAUUUUGCGUUGCGGAACACAGCGAGUUGCCUGUGAUAAAAAUCUGUUCCAAUGAAGGAAGAGACGAUUGUCAACAAUUGAAACCAAAAGGGACUGAGGCUUCUUUUGGAACUACUGUGAUAACUGCAACAAUUCUUCUUCAAUUUUGUUUAUCAGGGUGACGGUUAAUGUACUUGUUUUUGUAUUGCGUGUUGUGAUUUUUCAUACGAUGCUGUGCGUCGGGAUUUUGCAUUAUCAGCAAGUUUUGUGUUAGAGUGUUUUGAUGGCAGCGAGGUGACGACAAGAGAAGGUAAUGAGCUAGUUGUACAGAAGGAAAAUUGUGUUGUGGAGGAAAUAAAACAAGUUGAAUUGAGUUCUCGUGGUGGGAAAUUUAUUACUUCGGCGGAGCGCGAAGUAAAGGAUUCGCGACGCUCAGGAAUGUAUCAAAGUUGCAAUUUUUUGACAAGAUUGGGCAAGCAAAGUCUGUAGGUUUUCGGCUGUAUUCGGCUAUUUGACGAAGUGAGAGCCGAAUUAGUUCGAGAUAUCUCGAGGUCACUUCGAUUUUUUUGAUUUAUUCUUUAAUUUUUUCGAGGAAGAAAGAAAUACUAUUUGGCCUUCCCGGGAUUUGAACCGACUCACCUGUGUGACCCGUCAGAUCAGAGGAGACUCUAAGUUGAGGGAUUAGCCGAUUGCGCUACUGCGACCCAAGGUAAUUUAGGCUAUGAAAAAUAUUUAUGAAAUGAUGCACUAGUUUCGGGACAAGAUUGGGCGUGCAAGCUCGUGACUAUUCGGCUUGUUUCAACUAUUUCACGAAAUGAGAUCGGACUACUUCGUGAUAUCUUGAGAUCACUUCGAGUUUAGUCUUAAAUUACUCGAGGAAUAAAUAGAGGAUAUUUCGUGGCCGCGCAGAGACACGAAAUUUCUCUUCGAGUGUUGAAAAACAUUUCACGAGUGAGCCCUCGUUUCGAACUGUUUUAUGAUGAAUUUAAAGUUACAAAAUGCUGCACAAAGACAUUUUGUCUUUGUUGAGUGUUACGUAGUAAAAUUGCUUUCAUGCGUUGCGUGACUUUCUCGAACGUUCUCUCAUUUUUUGGAUUAUCCAUGAACAAUUAAUUAGGGCAUGUUUACAUUUCAGCAUGAGUCAGCAGAUUUGCAUCAGUAACUGAAAUCAUAAAAUAUGUCAAAAAGCUACUACUAUUCCCCUGUUUAGUAUUUUCUAGAACCUUAUGUCAAACAGUAUACAAGUUCCAAGCGAGUUCUUUUGACGAACUAAGUUUUUUCCCACGAGCUGGACUGCUGUCUUUAGUCAAGUGUGACGAAGGUCGAUUUUCAGGUUCUGUGUUUACAAGUUCGCGGAAGCCGUAAGAUAUCUGAAGUUCAAGUGAGAGUUUGUUAUUAUUGGUAGAGGCUGUUUAGUUUUACUCAAAGUUCAAGUCAAGUUUGUGUUGGCGGAUGCUGUGUUUUAAAGCUCUGUAAAGGCUAUGUUCCUUUGGUGUUAAACUUCCUGGUGUUAAUCCGACAUCCCUGCGUGCUGAUAGUCAGUGAAUAAUUAUCCUCAAAACAUUCGAACUCGUGACUAUGAGUUUUAGCCCAUUCCAUGCUCAACGUAAUUGACUCCUUACCCAUGCCUUACAUAUCUUUAAUCAGUACAUAAGACUGCUAUGCUGUUUUUGAAGCCUGAGGUGACUACGAAAAAUAGAGAAUUGUUUUUUAGAAGGAUUUGUAUGGAGUCAUCAGAGCAUAACUGGGCUAAUAUCGCGGAGACAAUUUGUCCUGAAAUGCUAGUUUUUGGCAAGUAGGCCUCUUGGAUGUUGCUCUUUUCAGAAUAUCCUGACAAAUCCCAUAAUUUCACACCUUACUCUUACCAUAUUUGAUUUCUUACUAUUCCUCUGCAUUUACAAUUAAUUAGUUCCACAACCACGACGCCGAAGUGUACGCUAGCUCCGUAGCGUCUUGUUUAUAACAGAACUUACAAUUUAGUCCAUUAUAUUUUCGGCACAACAAAUUACCAUAAAAUCGAGAUUGUAAUUCGAAACUCGCGUUGUUUUCAAAAUUUGCAUAAAUCGGGCGCUGCAAAGAAAUAUUUAGAUUACAAGCGCUUCGAAAUACUGUACCUUCAGAACGGCAUAGCUUUUACUUGUUGUGCUAUAUCUUUCAAAACUAUCGAUCGAUUCUAGCUCAAAAACUCUCAAAAGCAGCGGUUUAAUUAAAUGUCAAAGCCCGUGGCUGGUUGAAAUCGUCUCUUGUUUGUUUUCAAACGAUUUAGGAUGGAUCGAAUCAACUUUGGAUCGAUUUAUAUUAUUUUAUCACCUUGAGGUAUGAACGAAACGUUUUUCUUCUAGAUAAAGUUCACUCAACAAAUUUAGAAAGAUUUACUUGACUUUUCAUAGGUGGAACGAACUGACUUCUUUGUGGAACGAACUGACUAUUUUAUGGAACGAUCUGAUUAUUGAUUGGAACGAUCUGACUUGGAACGAUGUCAACGAUCUGACAAUGGGACGAAAUGACAGGUUAUCGUCAUGCCCCUAGCAGACUACCAAUGAACAAAUUAAAAGAUUUGUUACAGAAAACACGGAAAGUGACACUUUUUGUAUGGAAGAGUAUUCGGAAAAAUACACCAUUGUCGUCUGAAAUUCAUUGUUACGUUAAAAGUAGAAAGGGUUUACACUUAAACAGGUACAGAAGUAACUGUAACAGUGUGAGGUUUUUAGUUAAGGGGCAACUCCAAAACUGGUUCGUAAACGAGGGAAGGUGUAUCUGUCGUCCAAGCAUCAGAGCACAGGCGAUUUAGGUGGAAUGAGAUAUCCAAAUAGGCUUCUAAGUAAGAAUUUGCCCCUCUGUAUAUGUAAUUAUCCAUUUUGUACUGCUUAAAACAGUUUGAAUCACCGGGUUAAUUUUGGCCAAUUUAAGCUUUGUAUUGAUAUAGAGAAGAAUCCAGGACCUUCAGUUUAUGUAGAUGCUGCAAAAAACAAUUAAUGCAGUCCAUACUGUCAAGGAAAUGUUACAGGAUUUGGGGAAAAUGUUGGACAACGAUGUGUCGCAAUGAGUCUGUGCGCUUUAAUUUACAGUAAUAUAACAAAGAUUACUUCAGUUGAUGAUAUGACUCAAAUAAUGAUUGUUGGUAUUCAACUAUAUUCUUGUCUGUCACUGCUUGCAAGACAAUCUAUGUCAAUGUUAACAGAAUUGCCAGGAAUGGUUACAGUGUUUGAGCAAUUUUUCCACCUUGAAUACAGUGACAGUUAUACUUGUAACAUCCAUCACUACUGUAUAUGCCACUCACAGGUUACAGCAUUUGAAACACUCUUGGCACAGAACUACAACUCAAUCAUUUUAACGGUGGCAAUUAUUGGUGUUGGUAUCUACAGCACUGAGGCUGGGGGAUAUAAUGCAUUUGAUUCUCAUGCUAGAGAUAUGUAUCAUAACAGUCAUAGUGAAAGGACAUGUGUAUUGUUGGAAAUACCAUCCAUGCAUAAAUUAGUACAAUAUUUUCAGACUCUACAUAGGAGUGAGGAUAUGUAUGAACUUAAAGGUGUACAUAUUGCCGCCUAUGAACCUCAUCUUUUCUCAAGCAAUGUUGAAAAUUGUAGUAUAUCAAAUGUUAAUAGUUACCAAUGUUCCUGUAAACAGUGCUGCACUACAGCAGUUUAUGCAAUGUGUUACUCUGUUAUUAAAUCCUUGUGGAUACUGGACUGAAGGAACUUUAUUUUCCCUUGUUAGUAACCGGAAUACACUGUACAAAGUGAUGGGUGUGAAAACACAUCUGUCAGUAUCAGUGAAGCUGAGAUAAACCUUACUCUCUGGGCUGUAACCACUUACGUCCUAUGUUGUAAUUUUGCUCCAAGUAUGUCUGCAUUGAAGAUGUGCAUAUUUUCAAACAUUGUCGUGAAAUGACACUAUUUUUGUUGUGGAUUGGGACAUACUGUAGAAGCUGUGUGGUUCAGCAAACAAGUGGAGUAAAGGAUUUGUCUUCUCUGGUAAGAUAUUUACUGCAAUAAGGCAUGUUCAAAGUAUCAUACCCGUAGUACGACCACGCCCAAAUAUACGCUCACACAGCGUCUUGUUUUUUCAUCAGUUUCGACAAAAUGUUAAAAACAAUAUUAACACUAGUACUCGGAAUUUGGCAGAGACAACGAAGGAUCAGUGGGCUCCAAAUAAGACUCAGGAUUAACAUCGACAACAGGAAUAUGUGCUAAUACUUGCGCAACGUUUGUAAAGUGAUGGUUAAUAGUUUCCGCAAUGUCCAUAUAAUAAUAUAAUAUGAUAUGAUAUGAUAUGAUAUGAUAUGAUAUGAUAUGAUAUGAUAUGAUAUGAUAUGAUAUGAUAUGAUAUAAUAUAAUAUUAUAUUAUACUAUAUUAUAUUUAAUAAUUAUUCCAUGAGGGCGCGUUGGAUAUGAGAUGAUAGAUAGCCAACGAGGCGCGUAGCGCCGAGUUGGCUAUAAUCAUCUCAUAUCCAACAAGCGCGAGUGGAAUAAUUGUUUUAUUCAAAACGCCCACAAAAUCUGGUUGAAUCUUCCCCACUAAAACAAACCGGAAAGACAAGGGACUUCCGCUAUUCACAUGUCACACGUCUAUCAAAACUGUCAACACGCGAACGGACUCACAUGGACUGCAUGAAUGAAAAAUCAAAACAUUGUAGCGAUGAACAUUAGUUUUUUUUUAAACUCAUCGGGAUUCUAGGAUUUUACUCAGCAGAACAGCUAAAAAAAACCUGGCAGAUAAUGUGAAGGAAAAGAAUUUUUAAGUGACAGCCGUCGAAAUUACUGUGAAUUUGGAUUUUCGGUGCAGUUAUAAAAGUAAGAACAACGGAGGAAAACUAUUACCUCGGUCGCUUGUUAUGAAGUUGUUUGAAGCCACAAGCUGGUUUUUCUGAACGAGAAAAGAAGCUAUAUUGCCGCCUCGAUUGCUCUAGUGAAUGGCUGCAUAGCCUGUAUUUGUAGCUGGUUACUUGUGAUUUAUAUUCUUGAUGUCGGAUAAACAAGCCGCAGUUAUCUAUCGGCGAGUGACUCGAUCGGCGAAUGGCUUCGCGAUCAUGAAGAAACAACACUUGUCUUCUUUCGUAGCCGGUGAAGGUACUUUAGUUCCAUGUUUUUUUAAUGUGUUUUCGACAAACUUUCAAACAAGCUCUUGUGGCCUUUUUGUUUGUUUUUGUCUUUUUUCUUUCGAUGAAAUUGCAUUUCUAGUAUUCUAAGAAAUGAAUUAAAAAGAUUUGCUUCGGGCGCCGUUCUAUCCUUCGCGAAAAAAAAUCUUAGCUAGCUUCCAAUUUUAAACUGACGCGUACACCGACCAUAUAUGGAGAGCAUGGUAUAAUAACUCAUAUACGAUAACGGCUAAGCCAAUAAAAUGCUAGAAUUGCAUUAUCCAAUGAUUCAGUUUUUAAUAAAAUAUAAUAUAAUUGCCCCCGCAGGGUUCCGGCCCAGAGGCCGGAACCCGAGGAGGCACCCUAAUGUCCCCCGCGUAAAGAAGAAGUAUCGUAUCGUCUUACUGUUAGUAUGCGAAACUUUCCCGUUCGUCAAGAACUUCUAGAGCGUCUGGAUAUCUUGAGAAACAACGAUAGCUUUUGUGACAUGACGAUCGCCAGUAAAGGACAAAGAGUUCAAAGCUCACAGAGCUGUUUUAGCGGCGGCCAGCCCGUUCUUUCUGACCCUUCUAACAAGCAACAUGAAAGAAAGCAACGAACAACUGAUCAAAGUAGAGCUAGAAGAAGCCACUGAAACUGUCAUGGAAGAUGCGCUAAAGUACCUUUACACUGGGAAUGUCACAGUCGUUGAGGAGAGAGCUCACAAUUUGAUUGCAACGGCAAAUUUUCUUCUUUUGCCAAGUCCAAAAACAAUGGCGGCCAAUGUUUUGAAGGAGACUGUGACAACAGAGAACUGUGUUUUCAAUUAUUAUUUUGCGGAGAAGUAUGAGGUGGUGGAGCCGAAGGAAAAAUGCCGUGAAGUGAUCAAAAGUGCAGCCUGUGUUUGUUAGCUCUACCUAAAGAAUCACUGGGUUACACUGCACCCAUGGGUGUGCCACCGAAAGUGCAGCCUAUGUUUGUAAGCUCUGCCUAAAGAAUCACUGGGUCACACUGCACCCAUGGGUGUGCCACCUAAAGUGCAGCCUAUGUUUGUUAGCUCUACCUAAAGAAUCACUGGGUUACAUUGCACUCAUGGAUUUGCCACCUAAAGUGCAGCCUAUGUUUGUUAUCUCUACCUAAAGAAUGACUGGGUUACACUGCACCCAUGGGUGUGCCACCUAAAGUGCAGCCUAUGUUUGUUAGCUCUACCUAAAGAAUCACUGGCUUACACCGUACGCACGGACGUUUGCCUCGCGCUCUCUUCAAAGAAAGAAAAGCUAUAGUCUGUUUCGCCAAAAAUCAAGCUUUGUUUCCUCCCAAAAAAUUGACACCAUAUUGGGCCCCGAAAGACGUUAAAAGUUCCUUCAUAAUAGAAGAGUUUUUUGCUAGAGUAAAGAAGUUUGGCUUACAUGAGUUUCAAAAAAAGGUGCAAAAACUUAUCAGCAUAAUUAUAGCCCACAGAUACAUUGUCAUCAGACUCCUGGCAUGUAGCCUGAAUAAGCCAAGUAAAGUAAAUAAUACUUCACUUCGCGAAAGAACUUUAUCGCUUGUAUCCGUGUUACGCAUCGAAAAAGCGAGAGUCAUCGCGUGACAUCAGGUAACAGAGGUAAUACUCACGGGUUUCACGAAUUCCAAUUCCACGAUUUUUCGCCGAGUAACAAAUUUAAAACUUCAAUUCUUACCUUACAGUUGUCGCUUCAUUUACCUUACAUUCGCCAACACUAGUAAACAUAAACAAAACGAUGAAAUCCGGCACUCUUCUUUCAGGAGUAGCAAGCCGCAUGAAGUAAAAUCCACCGAUAUGCGCUGCAUUCUCACUACAAAUAUAAACAUUUGUCGUGGAGAAAAUACGACGAGGAGAAAAAAAAUGCCAGAUCUUCGCCUCGGCAAUGUAUUCCAGCUACCAAGCCGGUGUAUCUCCAGAAGGUGGACUCGAAGUGGAACAAACCUUGUGAUUUUUUUAGAAGCCCUUUGCGCGCAAACUAAUUUAUUCUGGAGCGAAAUGAAGAUUAAGAAAAUGUAUCUGAAAUCUAAUACACGACAAGAAAAUUUUCGCACUUUCGAGGAGCGCGACAUAUUAAAUGGGAUUAAGUCGGAUUAGCUGCCCGCGGAGAAAACAUCCCUGCGUGGGAUUGUACUUCCAGUAAAAAGCCUGUGUCCUCUCAGGCAGCAACGUGGAUCGACAGAACUUUGAACUGGUUUUGUCAAUGUGGAUCGACAAACUCGAUUCAAACCACAUCAGGAAUUGCUCAUUUUCUCAAAACCCAGUCAAAGACAAGAAAGGUGCUAACGUGAAAUAAACUGACAACAGUCACAACGGUGACAACAGUGACAACGGUGACAACGACGACAAUGGUGACAUUAAUGACAACAGUGACAACGAUGACAACGGUGACAACAGUGACAACGGUGACAACAGUGUCAAUGUUGUCACUGUUGACACCGUUGUCACUGUUGUCAAUGUUGUCACCGUUGUCACCGUUGUCAGUGUUGUCACCGUUGUCACUGUUGUCACUGUUGUCACCGUUGUCACUGUUGCCACCAUUGUCACCGUUGUCACUGUUCUCACGGUUGUCACCGUUGUAACUGUUGUCACCGUUGUAACCGUUGUCACGGUUGUCACUGUUGUCACUGUUGUCACCGUUGUCACUGUUGUCACUGUUGUCACUGUUGAAACCGUUUUCACCGUUGUCACUGUUGUCACCGUUGUCACUGUUGUCACCGUUGUCACCGUUGUCACCGUUGUCACUGUUGUCACCGUUGUCACCGUUGUCACUGUUGUCACUGUUGUCACCGUUGUCACCGUUGUCACUGUUGUCACUGUUGUCACCGUUGUCACUGUUGUCACCGUUGUCACUGUUGUCACUGUUGUCAUCGUUGUCACUGUUGUCACUGUUGUCACCGUUGUCACUGUUGUCACCGUUGUCACUGUUGUCACUGUUGUCACCGUUGUCACUGUUGUCACUGUUGUCACCGUUGUCACUGUUGUCACUGUUGUCACCGUUGUCACUGUUGUCACUGUUGUCACCGUUGUCACUGUUGUCACUGUUGUCACCGUUGUCACUGUUGUCACUGUUGUCACCGUUGUCACUGUUGUCACUGUUGUCACCGUUGUCACUGUUGUCACUGUUGUCACCGUUGUCACUGUUGUCACUGUUGUCACCGUUGUCACUGUUGUCACUGUUGUCACCGUUGUCACUGUUGUCACUGUUGUCACCGUUGUCACUGUUGUCACUGUUGUCACCGUUGUCACUGUUGUCACUGUUGUCACCGUUGUCACUGUUGUCACUGUUGUCACCGUUGUCACUGUUGUCACUGUUGUCACCGUUGUCACUGUUGUCACUGUUGUCACCGUUGUCACUGUUGUCACUGUUGUCACCGUUGUCACUGUUGUCACUGUUGUCACCGUUGUCACUGUUGUCACUGUUGUCACCGUUGUCACUGUUGUCACUGUUGUCACCGUUGUCACUGUUGUCACCGUUGUCACCGUUGUCACUGUUGUCACCGUUGUCACUGUUGUCACUGUUGUCACCGUUGUCACCGUUGUCACUGUUGUCACCAUUGUCACUGUUGUAACCGUUGUCACUGUUCUCACCAUUGUCACUUUUGUCAUUGUUGUCACCGUUGUCACCGUUGUCACUGUUGUCACUGUUGUCACCAUUGUCACCGUUGUCACUGUUGUCACGGUUGUCACUGUUGUCACUGUUGUCACCGUUGUCACCGUUGUGACUGUUGUCACUGCUGUCACUGUUGUCACCGUUGUCACUGUUGUCACUGUUGUCCCCGUUGUCACCGUUGUCACUGUUGUCACCAUUGUCACUGUUGUCACUGUUGUCACUGUUGUCACUGUUGUCACUGUUGUCACCGUUGUCGCCGUUGUCACUGUUUUCACCGUUAUCGCUGUGGUCACUGUUGUUAUCCUUGUCAUCGUAGUCACCGUUUUCACUGUUCCCGUUCGAAACGAGCAGCGCUGCUGCAGCGCUGCAGAAUGGCUUCAAGAAGCGCUACAAAAGAGCUGUAAAAGCGCUGGGCUGCAGCAGCCGGAAAUUUUGGCUGCAGUGGAAAGCUCUCUGACAGCGAUAAAACAGCGCUUUUGCAGCGGUGCAGAAAAUUCCCGAAUCACGAUCUGCGCUGCAAAGUGGCUUCGAAAAGACUAAGAAUGUUGUUACCGGUAAUGGCCUACCACUCGUUAGUACAAAAAAAAAAAGAAAUGCAGGCUCCAAUAAUACAAUAAUCACGAUACAUGGUAGAGGAGUUGACAAGGCCUUAGUAGCAGAGUAAAAACCACUAGAAAGUCAAAAUGCAACUUAUACUUUAUUAGUAUCCACGCGUACACGUUACAAAAGUACGUGACAUAGAACAAAUCUGCAACAGUCUCGCUUUGUAAAUAUUUAGCAUUCACGGUCACUCAUCUGAAUGUAAGAACAAUCAUUAACAUGCAGACAUUGAAAAUUAUCUUUUUUAAAAAUAAAAAGAAUAACAGCGAUUGUUCUACAUAAAGUUUACACGGACAGCAGGCAAAUGAUAUUUGAUUCGUUGCAACGGGCUAAGCUGGACAUUGCUCACCUUGACGUUUUGUCCAUGAUCCACGAUCUUCUACACUUUUUUCAUGAAAGAAAUCAACCUAAUUUUACUUUGGUCGUCGUUAAAUUUUACAAUGGACUAAGGAAGGAACAUUACCACUAGCGUAUAAGAAUCUUGUAAGUGCGAACUCCAUCUGAGAUUCUUGUAUCUGUGUUGCUUGCUCUGGUUCGAUUCGUCGAUACUUAGCGUAGAAGUCACUGUUCAGUGCGUUGUUUGCAAAUACGUUUGUUGUCACAGGUGUCACUGUUGUCACUGUUGUCACCGUUGUCACUGUUGUCACCGUUGUCACCGCUGUCACCGUUUUCACCGUUGUCACCGUUGUCACUGUUGUCACUGUUGUCACCGUUGUCACUGUUGUCACCGUUGUCACUGUUGUCACCGUUGUCACCGUUGUCACCGUUGCCACUGUUGUCACUGUUAUCACUCUUGUCACCGUUGUGACCGGUGUCACUGUUGUCACAGUUGUCACUGUUGUCACCGUUGUCACCGUUAUCACUGUUGUCACCGUUAUCACUGUUGUCACCGGUGUCACUGCAUUUCAAAGGUUCAUGACAAAUACAUGGACAACCACAAGGAGUCUUCAUUCGGGUUUUAAAAGGUCGGGGGCAGAUUUAGUGACAACUAUAACUAGUAUAAUAUAAUGGGGGGGGGGGACAGAAACCCAUAAGGGGUUGAGACAGGGCGGAUAAAGGUUGGGCGGUGAAACGAGCGCGUCCGAGCUAAAAGGUGUGAUGCAGUGGACUGGGACUCUGCUUAGAAAUGUCGCUUGUUUUCGACUUCGGUCAGGGCUUGCGAUGUGGUUUGUCCAUUAGACACUGCCGCUGUCACGGAAUUAUGGCGACUUUAUUGUUUUCUUGCACUUCUUCCUCGUUCCUUUGUGCUGGUACGCUCUCCGAGAGGCAAAUGUUGCUAUUUUUUGCGAAACAUUUAAUUGGAGUAGACAAACAUCUCUUUCAAAGGGUUUCUCUUAUUACUUCCAUGGUCUUCCAUGACUCUACCACGGAAUUAUAUUUUCAUUCUACUACUCGCCAAUGUCGAUGUUAUUCCAAAACAAAAACAACUAAGUACUGUCUAAAACACGAAAGAAAAUCUUAUCCAUGUCAUCCAUGUCAAAACUAAAAGACAGCAGAUCGUGUUUCAUAACUAGAUGACGUGUAGUUUAUAAAUGCGUGCAGCUCGUGCAAGGUGAAAUUAUGCUAAUUUCAAUCACCAUCAUCCUUCUUUUUAAUUUUGAAAAAAAAAAAACAUUUCAUAGGUCUUUCUGUUUCUUCAAAACUUCAAAAUUAGUUUCCCCUUAGUUUUUACUGUUUACCUUGUUUUGUUUUAGAGAGAAAAACGGAGAAAAACCUUACAACUAACCUCAUUAAAUGUUGUUUACAUGCGGUUGGCGAUUUGUGAUUCAUUGCGCUAUCCGCCAUGGCGCGUUGCACCCGAGAGGCAAAGUUUGAAGCAGUACAACGCCACUAUAUCAAAAUAUAUCAAUCUAAUUUUUUGUUAUGUUAUAUAAAAUUUAUCCCUCUUUAACAUAUGCAAAAAUUGAUGUUAAGAAGUGUUAAGCUUUUGCAAACGAAACGGCGAAAGACGAUUAGGUGAUAUUUAGUGCAAGGAGGAGGUAUUCAACACUUUCAAAUUAAACUCAAAUUUUGGCAUUAUACGACAAACAAGUUUGACUUAUAGGCAUACAGACACAAACAUAUGAAACUGUUUAUUGAUAUUGUUAUGAAACGAAUUUAUCUAUUUAACAUUGUAGCCUGAAAUUACAGAAAGAGAAUAGGAUUUCCUGUUUGCAAAAAGGAAAAUUUCGCCGGCCUUCAAGCGCACCGGAAGCGCGGAAAGAGCGCUCGUGCCAGUCCUACUCCGCAUCACACAUUAAAUGAAGAGCGGAGCGCUCGUUUCACCGCCCAACAUUUAUCCGCCCUGGGUUGAAACGUGUAACUCGCGUUCAAUGCUCGUGAAUAUUCACUUUUACCAUAUUUGGAAACCUUAGUGAUGGAUAUCCAUUUUCAACAAAAUGGCUGCUGCGCGAUCACCAUGCAGAUGUUUUAAGACAAGAGUUCUGCAUUUCAAAGUUAAAAAUACACCGUUAAAAGACAAAAAUGGAAAGAGAAAGUUCAAAAGAAUGCUCAGCUUUCUUUUUGUGGAGAAAGGGAAGCUUUUCAUCAACAAAUCGUCCUUCGAGGAAUUCAACCUCGUUUUCUUCACGGCGGAACCAUGGUCUGUUUUGAAAUGCAACCAAGUCAGCGAAGUUUUUGCUGACUUUUCAGGUACAUUUUGCACUCUAUGGCCAAGACAAUUACGUUUUUGAAAGGGAAUUUAUGUAUUUUUAAAUGUUUCAUAGACGUUUUAUAUAUUUUCUCUUCGUCGCUAGAGAAAAAUUACAAAAUGUGCCCUGAUUUGAGAUGGAUUUUGUGUUGAAUUUUGCCAUGUGCUUAGCCGAUUUCACUUGCGUGAACGGAUCCACGAUCCAGAUACUGUUUUCCGAAUUGCUUUAAAGGAUUAAGUUUUUGGACUUUGAAUAAAAAUUUUCAAGAAAGGGCUUCUCUGUCUAUUGUUUUGAGUUUCUUCAUUCAUAAAAUUAGCUCAAAACAUGAUCGUGACUACAACAUCCAAGUUUAAUUUAAGCUUUUAAAAUGCUUCUCACAUUCAUUACAAACAUCACUUUUUGCGAAGAUGUCAGGUUCAGGUUUUGGACACUUUUCGAUACGCAGCUAAUGAAUUUUAUUAGAAAAUUAUUUCACUGUUUAUUCUAGACUUUUAACAUAAGGAUUUUAAAUUUUAAUUUGCAGUAUAAGUUUACUAUGCAGAGGGUCAACGAGGCAUCGUUCAACUUCAAGAAGUUGCGAGGCCGUCAAUGGGUAUCAUAAUGUUACGUUUAAUAUCCUGUUCAGUGUUUCGGUAAUAUUCCUGGUUUCAACCUUUGAAAGCUUUCUCGGCUUUCGGGAGUUUUUCCCCCGUUUGUCGGGCAUUUUUUAAGCGGGCGCGGGAACCUGAAGGAAAAUUACGUCACGUUGUUUACGAAGUUUGAUUGGUCAGUUAUCUCUUCUUCUCGUUCCAAAUAUGGUACUUUCGAAAAUGAAUAAUCACGGGCAUCGGACAAAGCAAACAUAUGAGAGUUACACGUUUCAACCCCUUAUGAGUUUCCGAUAUAAUAUAAUAGGGUUACUUACUAUUUUAUUAUCUACCUUGAUCUCCAAACUAUUCGCCGACUUACCACUGUUACGUGAAGUUAGCUCGUUGAUAUCGAUUGAUAACAUUCCAUGUUUUGCUCGAAUUACCUUUGUUAGCUUCCAAGUCGUCUGAAAGCGGCCGACAUAGAGUUUCUUUGCAAGUUUAAUUGCGUUAUUUGCCUGGUUUCUUGCACACUUAAAUUGAUCUCAUGUAGCCGGAUUGUCCGGGUUAUAAGAGGAUAUUACUUUCUUUUUAAGGAAAUCUCGUUUUCGGAUUUUACUCAGUAACUCUCUAUAUUUAGUAACUCAUGGAGAUCGUUUUUUUCGAAUUCUUUUCAAUGCCCCUUUUUAAUAAUAUCGUAUUUACAUGNACCUGAAGGAAAAUUACGUCACGUUGUUUACGAAGUUUGAUUGGUCAGUUAUCUCUUCUUCUCGUUCCAAAUAUGGUACUUUCGAAAAUGAAUAAUCACGGGCAUCGGACAAAGCAAACAUAUGAGAGUUACACGUUUCAACCCCUUAUGAGUUUCCGAUAUAAUAUAAUAGGGUUACUUACUAUUUUAUUAUCUACCUUGAUCUCCAAACUAUUCGCCGACUUACCACUGUUACGUGAAGUUAGCUCGUUGAUAUCGAUUGAUAACAUUCCAUGUUUUGCUCGAAUUACCUUUGUUAGCUUCCAAGUCGUCUGAAAGCGGCCGACAUAGAGUUUCUUUGCAAGUUUAAUUGCGUUAUUUGCCUGGUUUCUUGCACACUUAAAUUGAUCUCAUGUAGCCGGAUUGUCCGGGUUAUAAGAGGAUAUUACUUUCUUUUUAAGGAAAUCUCGUUUUCGGAUUUUACUCAGUAACUCUCUAUAUUUAGUAACUCAUGGAGAUCGUUUUUUUCGAAUUCUUUUCAAUGCCCCUUUUUAAUAAUAUCGUAUUUACAUGGUUUUUGCAUUUUUGUGUGGACGGGCGAAAACGAUUCAAAUACGCCACGUAAGUAUGGGUAUUUUUUUUUAUAAAGGGAUAAAAAAAAAUCUCCGUUACGUUUUCAAAAAUAUCCGGAUACGUGGACGGGGCCUAAGUCGCAAUCAGAAACGGGCUUUGAGAAAGUCUAAGUAGUCUGCCCUUUAAACGGUUUUUUUUUCUUUUUUUUUUUCUUGAACUGAAAGUGCAAAAUAGCUUAAGCUUUAUUGUUUGUUAAAUUUGUUGCAUUUUUGUCCUCACAGCCACUCUGCUUUGGAACGAGAAUGAGUUUGCUGCCUUUUCAACCUUCUAGUUGCCCAUUCCGGUGGACAAGAGACACGACGCCUCUUGGAACGAGAUUGUAAGAAAAUCCUUGAAACUCUUGCGUCCUAAUGCCAUGAUGACACCUAGGUGAUAAAUAAAUUGCACGGUUUUUCCCCCUUCUUGGCCAGUUCAGUGGAGUUCAGUGUGGACGCGACUUCGAAGAUGUGCCCCUUCCAUCUGCCAUGAUGACCGUUGUCAUUGCAUGCCCAUGGCAUUCCCUUUGUUCUGCCAGUCGCGGUUUCCUCCCAUAGUUGGUUACUUUUAGGGCAGACAGAGAGCAAGGUGAACUUUUAAGGACGCGAAGCGGCCUAGCGAGGGAAGAAGUCGCGAGUUUUAAAUGCGACAAAGGACUUUUACGAACUCUAAUAUGUAGUUAACGGCCGUAAGUGGGCUUUGAUAGAUUGUGCUAGCAAAGUAGUAUAAUAUGCUAUUGGCAGUGCUCGCCUAUUUCUAAAAUUAUGCAAUUAUCCUAGGUUUCUGUAAAUUAUGCUUAUUUACCAAAAAAGUAGAAAUUAUGCUCUUACUUUUUACUUUCAAUUUGGUAAAAACACCUGAAUGACUAUGCAACAAACAAGUAAAUAGCAAACCAUUUAGCCUGCUAAAAAUAGUUGUCGAAAAGUUGCUGAGUAGUAUGGCUGGACGUGCAUGUGAAACUUAAAAACGAGGCCAGUGAAUAAGGAGGACGCUCAAUUGUAAACACUAAAUCUGGGGGGAAAAAUGGUUGUAUUUGAGGCUCUACUUAAAAGCCUUCCCAGUUUUCAAUGUUCUUGAAACUUGCAUGGUAUAAUUAUUGACGAUUUAUCUGGGGAUUCACGGCAAGUGUAUAAAAAAAUUUAUCGUGCGCGGGAUUUUUGAAUAAUGCGAAAUUUGUAGGCAUGGACCAGGAAGGGCGGGGGGAGAGGGGAGAAGGUAACUCUGUUGUUUUCCACCUAAGUUUCUUGACCCACUCCGCCUGCCAGUAUGACGUCGCAUUGUAACGGGCAAGAGCCUCGGGUCUUUUGUGCAAAUUAGCAAGGGAUACGACAGUUAUUUGGACGAGAGAGGUCGAGGAAAAGCUAAGAAGCUAGCAAAUAUCGCUAUAUAUCGCUAAUUUUAUCGAAUCAGUGUGAGCUUUGGUGUUGCUAUAAUCUGCUUGUGUAAACCGUUUUGAUAUUUUGUGUCCGUGAUUAUAUAAUUUUGUUAAUUUGUUUUGCGGGCCGUGUUGUGGGAUCGCCAUCUAUUUCAGGGGACCGGCAAGGUUUUCAAAACUAAAAUCUUUUUUUUCCCUAAAAUAGGCAAGGUCUAGUCUCCAGAAUAGGAGGUUCCAUUCACAGAUCACCCAUGUUUAUAUUUCAUCUAUUCUUUUGCAAAAUAAAUGGGUCUAACUUCAUAUCAUUCCUCUCGAGUGUGGGCCUCUGUUGAUCUCCUGGACGCUUAUUACAUUUUACACCAUUUUAAGCAAGUGUUUUAUGUUUCUUUUGCAACAAAAUAAUAAAUGGUAAUAACAAAACACGAAGAUGUAACAAAGCAAGGUUUCUGUAAAAUACUCUGAAGAAAACUCCGUCUUCGGUGAAGUCUCUUAUUAAUACUUACUCAAUUUUUUUGGGUGGGAGGGGAAAUGGGGUGGGGUGGGAGUGGGCGCUUAUUUGAGUUUGAAUGGAAGUAGGGGGGACAUGGGUUGGGGGAGGGCGCUUAUUCGAGGCUGGGCGCUUAUUAACUUUUCCGGCCUUUAGGAUGGGCGCUUAUUCGAGGUGGGCGCUAAUUCGAAGUUGGGCGCUUAUUCGAAUAAAUACGGUACUUGCCAAAAUUCUCCUACCCAAAAAAAUCCCGAAAUCGAAAAUUUUAAACCCCAAAAAUUCUUUCGAUCCUGGUCACUUGAAAUCUGGAGUACACCCCCCGGAACUCAAGCUUCAAAACGUUCUAAAAUCUAUUAGUUACUGUGAACGUGAAGAAUAAAGAUGGUCGACAAACGUGAUUUUUAGACUGUAAAUGUGUGGAAAAUACAAAUUAGCCGGAGGACACUUGUACAAAGUGCUUACCACUGCUGGAAAAUCCUCUUGUCUGUUUAGAGGGGAGAGGAACGGGCAGUUAAAUUUCUUUUCUCCCUAUUUUUUUCCCUCUUCCCUAAUUUUUUCGGCCGUUUCUCCCUCUUCCCUGAUUUUUCACCUUUCUCCCUGAUAAUUCUUUUAAAAGGCUUAUUUUAUUUGCUACUUCACCGCAGUACCUUCUUUUAAGACACGUGGAAACGAGGCAAACAUACGAAAUUUAUAUUUCGUUCUUCCCAUACUACCUUUCGGUUUUGUCACGUAAGAUUGAAGGUUUGAUGUUUACAGCAUUUAUUUUAACUACCGUAUAAAGGUCAGAAUGGUUACUCACAACUACUUGCUACUAGUUACUACUACUACUAAAUCAAUCUAUGCAUCGGGUGUAAUUCAAUGAACUUGUAGAGUUUAUUUCACAUUGCUGGGCGUUAAUUCUUCUGGUGUUUUAGCGUUAGGUCAUAAACCAUGCAGCGUUAAUUUAACCUUAUACUACUACUACUACGACUACUACUACUACUACUACUACUACUACUACUACUACUACUACUACUACUACUACUACUACUUACUACUAUCCACCUCAAAUUCUGUUAACGUUACUUAGAGGUUAACAAUAAGGCCUCUAACAUAGCUUGCAGAGCUGAACUUGAUAGAUUGCCGCUGCUUAUCCCGAUAAAUCAGAAAAUUAUGAAAUAUUUUGUUUACCUCAACAACAAAGAUAAUGACUCUAUAGUCAAACAGUCUUUCAUUAUGUCAAAGAAUCUACAUUCUAUGAAUAAUUCAGGAUAUUCUUCCAAUUUCAUAAACAUGUUUGAACAAUACAAUCUAACCAGUUUAGAUGCUGAAUCUCUAGAUAAUGACAAAAUUAGACGAUAUACCACAGAAAUGAGAGAGAAAUAUCUAUCUUUUGGCGGCACAGCCUUGAAAAUUCAAAAAAACUAGAAUUUUAUAAAACUUUUAAAGAUGAAUAUUCUACAUCUGAUUAUCUCUACCAGCUAAAACAUUAUGACGAACGACAGAAUUUUGUUAAAUUUAAAAUAAGUAAUCACAAACUUAUGAUUGAACAUGGUCGAUACCAAAUCGAUCAUUUGCCAAGAGAAAAUAGAUUAUGUCCCUUAUGUAACUCAAAUCAGGUAGAAGAUGAGAUUCAUUUCCUCUUUCAAUGUAACAAAUACUCAGUACAGAGACAGGCAUUUAUUAAUCAAAUCAAUCGAAUAAUACCUGACUUUGACAAGAAAUCAUCUCCAGGAAGCAUAAAACUGAUAAUGAAUUCGAAGGACCAUCAUGUAGAUAAGUUAGUUAUGAAGUUUGUUUCCUCCUGUAUGAAAAUACGUGAUUCAUUGUUAGUAAUGUAACCGAAUUUUUCUAGAUUAUUAUUAGUGCUGUUUGUUUUAUAUUUUGAUUGUCAUAUGCACGCUUUUGCAAUACUGUAAAAUGAUGCGGUCAUGCAAAUAAAGCAAUUUAUUACUAUUACUACUACUACUACUACUACUACUACUACUACUACUACUACUACUACUACUACUACUACUACUACUAAUAAUAAUAAUAAUAAUAAUAAUAAUAAUAAACAAGGAAGGAGACUUUCGAGAUUCAAUUUCAAAACAAUCUUCAGUAACACCGUAAACGGCUUUCACGUGAAAAUAACAUUCACUCACCUUGAUACUAAAAAAACUCCGAAAACUUCAGAUUCUCUAAAACCGACACGAAACAAAAGAAGUAACAAAAGCCCGGAAUUCAGACAGACCAGUGCUGUCAUCACCGCUCGGCCAAGACUGGGUAUGGUGUACAAAUGAUGACCUCACAAGACUCCCGAAGGGAGGGCACGAAAUUGUUGAGACUACAUGCGAGAACUCUUACAUACACUUUAACUUGCAGCUCGUGGCCAAAGCUGCCCUCAUCUGUGAGUCAGUAUGGUCCUUGAAUUAAGAGCUACUAAGGCCUUAAAUAUUCAUGUCACAUUUUUUUAAAGAACAUUCUCGGUCCUCCCUUUCUGAGCUGGUUUUCCCGUCUCCCUAUUUUUUUGCUUCCUUUCUCCCUCCUCCCUAUCUUUUUUGGCCGUUUCUCCCUCCUCCCUAAACCGUCCCUCUCCCCUCUGUUUAUUAAAUUAGAUAUCAUAAAACGGCUAAACGGGUAGUAGUACAGUGGCAAUUUCAUACGCUUUUUAAAAUAAGCUCCAAGGCUUAUAUAUCCUGAAUAUGGAUCGUAUGCGACUUAAAAUAGAGAUAACCACGGUGUAUCGCUUGAUUCUGCUCUCGCCAUUAAUGCCAUUCACAGAGUAUUCUCAGUUGGAAGAUUUUAGAUUUGGCGCCAAUUGUUGGCAUGUGAUUGUGGAAGGAGAGCUUUUUUUUAUUAUGAACUUCGUAAACUUUCUUAGGUGAAAGUCGAAAAGCUGGAAAACUACUGUUUGAGACUCAAAUGACAGCAAUAAAACUGGGAUAUGGGAUUCGCACUCUCGCGAGGUUUAUUUUACUUACGUUUUUUCGUAGUCGUGGCUGAGUUCCGGGUAGGUUUCGGUCGACCGAAACCAGCGUUCCUUGGGAAGACCAUAAGCCGCGUCGUUCAAUGCAAUACAGCUGAGUCUAUUACAGAUUUAACAUUUUUUUAGUGAUAUAAACUGGAAACGACAGUAUUGACCGUUUUAUAAUUCAGACUGACUCAAAUAUAACGUCAAACAGAGAGCCUGUUCACAGGCUACGCGGCGAUCAAUCAAGUGAGCGCGCGGAAGUCGACGGGAUCAUUUCUGUCAUUUUGUAAGACGCCGCUAUCUGGUUGAGGUCUAGAGGUCGAUGUCCCAGUGUUAUCUAGUGCUUUCCCCGACGAGGCAACCUCGUUCCCAGGGUUCUCUCCAACCGUAGGGCGGGUAGGAGAGAACCCUGGGAACUAGGUUGUCCGACGAGGAGGAGAUGACGUUUCCUCGCAAAGUGUGAUGGUUAGGGACUUUCACGUCAGCACACAGGCGGCCCAGUAAGUGUCACUGAAUGAAUAUAUUAAUAUUCAAAUGGACAAAUUAAUGCGAUGAGUCAUCGAAUCUCCCAUGAACUAAAAUAGUCCAAAAGUCAUAAUAUAACAAAACAAAGGUAAGAUACCUUCAACUGAACGUAUCCUUGUCUUUCCUGGCCGGUUUAAGUGGCAUUUUGUUGAGUUUUGCAAUUGUAGGUACUAUCUACUAAAGAAGGUAGUGGAGUACUACGAAGAUAACAAUGCAUUGGGAACAAUUCAAGCAGCUACAAAAAUAUUCUUUUUGAGUAGUGGUAGUGACACUGUCACAGUGUUAAAUGGAGAGUUAUAUGCAAUCUCUUUUUGCUUCACACGAGACGUUAUAGAAAUCUACAAGCACAAUACAGAAACCAAUGAUUGGGAUGAAAUGAAAUCCUUACGUAGUUUACAGCAGUGGCCUUGUGUUGUAAAUGAUCAGCAAUUCCUGUAUGUAAUAAGUGGAAGCGAGAGUAACAUAACAGUGAGAUUUGACUCUGGGCAGAACAAUUGGAAGAAACUUGCAGCUGUAAAUGAGGAAAGAUUCAAAGCUUUUGGUGCUGCUAUGAAUGGCAAGAUUUACAUAGCAGGAGGAUUCAGCAGUUCUAAUUAUAAAGGACUCACUUCCUGUGAGGUAUACAACCCUCCUACAAAUGAGUGGCAACUGAUGCCGAGCCUCAAGGUACCUCGAUACAAUGCUAGCAUGGUGUGUUUUGCAGGACAGUUGUAUGUACUGGGUGGGACCAGAAUCACCCAGAGGGGUGCUUCCAUGAGAGCAUUAGGAGUUGAAAUGUUUGAUUCUGAGAGAUAUCAGUGGACAGAGAAAUCAGCCAUACCAGUGGGAAGGUUUGAAAGUGAAGAUGAAAAGAAGCAAAAUAAGGCAUUUCAGGCAUGUGUUGCAAGAAUCUGCAAAAGAGUGAUAAACAAACUUGAGCCACUGAAUCCAAGACCCAAGUAA